UUCCGCCUGACGCGCCCCCGGCGGCGGCCUAGCUGCCCUGGCUCCUCGCGGGCUCGGGCAGCGGCUGCGGCUGCGGCUGCGGCGGGGCUAUGGCGAGCGGCGGCGGUACCACCGGCUCAGGUGGCACCGCGGGGCUGGGCCUGGGCCUGGGCCUGGGGAUGAGCCUCGGUAUGGGCGAGGCCACCGGCGACCCUGAGGAGGAGGCGGCUGCGGCCGAGGCGGUGGGACGCCUCGCCACGUCGCUGUGGCUGCGGCUCCGCAGCUGGGAGGCGGUUUUGGCAGCGGCGCAGCGGCUGCUGGUGUGGGAGAAGCCUCUGCACAGCCUGGUCACGGCGGCAGCACUCAACGGCCUGUUCUGGUUGUUGUCUUCGUCGUCCCUCCGGCCCUUCUUCCUGCUCAGCAUCUCACUUUUGGCCUAUUUUCUGCUGGAUCUCUGGCAGCCUCGCUUCCUCCCCAACGAUUCAUCGUCAACCCCUGAGGAGCCACACUCUGACAGUGAGGGUGCGGGGUCAGGCGCCCAGCCGCACCUGCUGAGUGUGCCCGAGUUGUGCAGAUACCUGGCUGAGAGCUGGCUCACCUUCCAGAUUCACCUGCAAGAGCUGUUGCAGUACAAGAGGCAGAAUCCAGCUCAGUUCUGUGCUCGAGUCUGCUCUGGCUGUGCUGUGCUAGCAGUGUUGGGACACUAUGUUCCAGGGAUUAUGAUUUCCUACAUUGUCUUGCUGAGUAUCCUGCUGUGGCCCCUGGUGGUUUAUCAUGAACUGAUCCAGAGGAUGUAUACUCGCCUGGAGCCCUUGCUUAUGCAGCUGGACUACAGCAUGAAAGCAGAAGCUGAUGCCCUGCAUCACAAACAUGACAAGAGAAAGCGACAAGGGAAGAAUGCACCCCCAGGAGGUGGUGAGCCACUGGCCGAAACAGAAAGUGAAAGUGAGGCAGAGCUGGCUGGCUUCUCCCCAGUGGUGGAUGUGAAGAAAACAGCACUGGCCUUGGCUAUUACAGACUCGGAGCUGUCAGAUGAGGAGGCCUCUAUCUUGGAGAGUGGAGGCUUCUCUGUAUCCAGAGCCACAACUCCACAACUGACAGAUGUUUCUGAGGAUUUGGACCAGCAGAGCUUGCCAAGUGAGCCAGAAGAGGCUCUGAGCAGGGAGGUGGGGGAGGGGGAAGAGACAGAGCUGGCCCCUUCUGAAGACCUCCUAAGUGCCCCUCAGACCCUCUCAAGACAAGCACUGGAUAUGGCAGAGGAAGACUCAUCAGUUAAGGAAACCUUGCUUCGGCUCUCAUCACCUCUUCACUUUGUGAACACACACUUCAAUGGGGCAGGGUCCCCCCAGGAUGGAGUUAAAUGCUCUCUUGGAGGACCAGUUGAGAUGCUGAGCUCAGAGGCAGUGAGUGGUGACCUAAUGGCUCCACCCAGCACCCUCACACCCCCACUUUGCCUUACUGAAAGUGGCCCAGUCCCCCACCUCUCCCCCUCUGUGCUCCCAUCCCUUCCCCAGGACUCACCCCAACCCCUUCCUGCCCCUGAGGAGGAAGAGGCACUCACCACAGAGGACUUUGAGUUGCUGGAUCAAGGGGAACUGGAGCAGCUGAAUGCAGAGCUGGGCUUGGGACCAGAGACACCUCCAAAGCCCCCUGAUGCUCCACUUUCUCCUCCCCUGGGGCCAGAUACACAUUCUCUGGUACAGUCAGACCAAGAGGCUCAUGAAAUGAUAGAGCCAUGAUCCAUGGCAGUACAAGCUGCAGGCAUAGUAGGGCUUCCUGGCUAGGGAUAUCACAUUUUUCCUCUCCCUAUCACUCGGGUGAGGCUAUGUGUGGAGAAGCUGGUUAUCAGAAGGUAGCCAGCCUAUUCUCUGCCUGCCUACCUGCCUGCCUGCCAGCCAUCCUGAGCCUGGUACAGACAGUACCUGUACCUAGGAUUGAUUUUAAGUUUGUAAAUAAUUUUCCAUUUGGGUUAGUGGAUGUGAUCAAGGCUAGGGAAGUCCUUCUACAGCCUGCUCUUGCCUCCCUGCCUCAUCUCUUCUCAUUCCAUGAUGUCCCAAGCCCUGGUGGUCUACCCUUUUUCUUCCUAUCCUCAGGGACCUAUGCUGCUCUGUCCUCAUGUCCCACUUGGUUGUUUAGUUCAGGCACUUUAUAAUUUUAUUCUCCUGUCCUACAUUCCCCUUGGCUUUAUCUACCUGCUAUGUCCUGUCCUUAGCAGUCUAAUCCCUGUCCUUUGCCAGCUUCUCUUCCUACAGGUUCUGGCCAGGUUUUAGGGUAGCUUCUGGUCUGAAAAAUAAAGAAUAAACCUGGUCAGGCCAGAAGUUCUGUACUUAGGUCACUGUAGCCUCUAACCUACACUGCACCCUUGCCCAAUUUUGCCCUCAUGAUGCAGGACAGCAGGGUCCCACAGCACUUUUGCUAGCACAGGGGUUGGUGAGCAUGCACUCUGUCUUGAAGUGAGGGACUUCCUUACUAUCUAGAGAGGCAGAAGGAAACUACUCUGGGCCUUGGUGGGGAUCUCUUCUAGGGUCAGUAAGUAGAGAGUAACAUCUGUGUAGGUGUUAACUGGAAAAAUAAAGUGUUGAUUGGCUAGAACA